UAAUAAAAAAAGAGAAGAAGGAGGAGCAAAAGCCGCUCUCAGCUCUUUCACUGCAUCUGCUAUUAAUUUAUUCACUGCUGCCUCCUCUGGAGCGCUGAGGAGGAACAAAACAGAGCAGCUAAACGUUUGCUUUUCAACUGGGCAGGAUUUCCAAAUUCAACCUCUAAUUCGCCAUAACUGAUGACUGCAGAGCCUCAAUAGGUGCAGAUCUUCAGUUGGAUAAUUUUAAGAUUUUUUUUUGUCUUUAGAUGCAUUGGGGAUCACAGUUUUUAUCCCCCAUAUAUCAUGAAACGAAGAAAAGAUCUUCUCCAACAAGAAUGUGAUGCUCCAGAACCAGCAGAAGCUUCAUAUUCUCCAGUGAACACGGAUUCAAACAAAAGCUGGGAUACAGAACCAAACUUCAAUCUUAAUCUCAAUAUAAGCUCACCAAGCAAUCCUCGCCCCACUAAAGAGACCUCCAAGAUGGAUUCUGGGAGUAAAAAGGACGAUAAAAGUAAAGGAGGGGGGAAAACUGGUAAUAAAGGAGCAAUAGCUGUGGACUUUUCAACUAUUUUACCAGCUGAAAAAAUGAAGAGCAAAAUCCCAACCUUUUCUGGCUCGCAAACAACUCAGACUACUGUCAAAAACAAAGGCAAGCCUAAAUAUCCACACACUGAGAAUCCCUCUACAUCCGAGAUACAAAUACAUGGCUCAGCAGCACUAAGUUCCAAACCAAACAGUGUGGAGGGGAAUCUCAGCCAAAGACCUAUGGAAAAAGUUAAAACUGAAAUACCUCUAAGAGAAUAUGCUAAACCAAUCCCUGAACUAAUGCCAGAAUUGACAACAAACUCUGCAAAUGUCACACCAAACUUAAAGACUAAAGCAAACAGGAAAGAUGGACAUGUUAAAGAAAUUCACCUUGAGACAUCAUCCAAAACACUACAGCUACCUAAAAGCCCGAAGUUCUUCAACAAAAAAGGGGAUAAAAGCAAUAUCAGCCCACAAAUUACAAAUCAUACCCCAAUGAUGAUGGCCAAAACCAAAAAAACUGAUUUGGUCAAUUCAACUAUUCCAUUUGACCAACAACUUGAGGAUGUUAACAAAGCUCAAGGUGCUUUUACAAGUUCUGAAACCUCUCUGAGUCCAAAGCCAUCCUUACUGGCAAAACCUACAGGGACCAUAAACAACAACGUAUCAGGGUCUAAGGAGAGUCUUAAGGGUAAAUAUUCAAAGGCAAUUUCUGGAUCCAAAACUGCUGUCCAAUCUAUUAAAAGCCUGAAAGCAACAAAAGGAUCCAAAAAUAGUCUGGAUUCCAAAUCCAGAUCUCAGUCUGGGUCCAGAGAUGCACUGGAUUCCAAAAGCAGCAGUGCCUCAAAAAGUAGCGUGGAAUCUAAGGACGGCUUGGAGUUAAAGAAGCUCCAGAGAUCCAAAGCUAGUCCAAACCCUAAGCUAAAAACUGUUUUUAAAGAUAUGCAUGAUCAGAAAACCUCAAAAGAAAGCAAUAAAAUCCACCAAGAUUCUGAGAAAACGGCUGCUUCCAAAAUGACGAACUCAAAGAAUAAUCAUGAUUCUAAAAGUCUUCAAAGCUCCAGAGCAAGUUUUGAUCCCACAAUCAUUACCAGCUCAGGAUCUGAACCUAAGAUGGGCGUUACCAAUACAGCUUCUCUAGCUAAUCUGCCGACCUCCUCCUUAGAUAUGGACCUUCUCGGGGGUGUUUCCUUUUCCCCCAUCUCUUGCGGAAGCAUCAAGACUGCAAGUUCUGCUGUUGAGCUCAGGUUGAAUCUGAAGAGUCAGUACAAUCAGUCAGAUCCAUCAAGAUCUGAACAGGUUCAGUCUGAUUCAAAGUCAACGCCCAUCGACCUGUCCUCUUUGAGGCUUUCUCCUGUACUAGCAUAUCAGAAUCCAGGAUCCAGCUCUAAACACUUUGCUUCUACUUCAACUGGAUCAAACGGGGAGAACCAGAAGAGCCCAAGUUCUUCUCCAGGUACACUGGCCCCUUUGACAUCUUCUAGUCCUAAAACAAGACCUGUGGUGACCUCGAAAACAGUGGAAGGGUUAACACAUACCUCUGAAGUUUCUGCAGUUAUAAAAAGAGACCCUGGCAUUUCACCCCGAAAUACUUGUCUGACCCGAGGUCUUACCUUUGACUCAAUCACAAAACUAGACAAUAAUGCUGUCAGAAAACAUUUAAGAUCUAGUGAGAAUAAGGUGCAGACUAAAGAAGGGUUGGAAAUAUCCCAAGAGGACAAGAAUAUUGAGAAGGAAUGUCCUUUGGGAGAUAGUAGGAGGGAAUUAGAUCGCCUGAGGAAAAUGGAACACCCAAGAGACACAAAUAUCAUCUCAUCACCUCGGGCAACUAAUGUAGGAGAGCAAAAGCAGAAAAUGCCAGUUCAUGGAAAGAAGAAUGAAGUGAAUUGUUCUUCACCUCUUCAUCCCAUUUCUUCUUCAUCUACUCAUGCACCAACUAAGAAGAACGUCAAGGAGACUGCAGCCAAGACUGAGUCUCAAAGACUCCAAAAACUUUCAGGAGAGCGGAAAGAGGUGGCCGUUCAGGUAGAGGUGGAAGUGGUUGAACGUUCUGUCUCUACAAGCCCCAGCCUCCAACAGGGACCUCUCACCUCAUCCCUGAUUGGUUCCCCCAGUUGUCAGUCAUCACUUAGUUACCUUCCACCCCUCAAACAUGUUUGCCAGAUUGAGAUUGAGCUAUGCAGCCAAUCAAUACUUCCCUCUGUUGUACCUGAAAAGGCGAGUUCCCUUCCUGCGUGUCUGUGCACUUAUAGCUUCCACCAAAACCCUGAACUAAUGUCAGAGAUUGGACAAGACCCAGAUGUUAGCUCUGAGAGCAUCUGGGAGGAGGAAAACAAUGAGAAAAACUCACAGGCCAACAAAGCGAACGAGGAUGGGUUUAAAGGGCAGACUGAAAAGCCUCCAGAGGUAUUGUGGGACAAACAAGGGAUGACUUGGGAGGUUUAUGGUGCCUCUGUAGACCUAGAAUCUCUUGGUACGGCCAUCCAGUCCCACCUGGAGAUGAAAAUCCGAGAGAAGGAGAGACACAUUCGGAUACUUAGGAAGUCCAUCUGUUCCAACAACAGCUUCACACGGUGCAAGCUGAAGAAGAGACGGAGAAAGUUUCUUGGUUGCUGCGUCAAGGCGUCCACCGUGAUGGACUGAGAUUGAUCAAGGAGGUUCACCAACUUCAAACACGAGUUUAGUUGCUCUCAGCUGGAUUUAGUUCAGGAAAAU